GCUGUGAAGAGAACAUUAAAUUGGUUAAGAUGGUAUCUUAAUGUUCUUCAGCUUUACUAGUACAUCAGAAGGCUAGGAUGGAACGACUUCAACGAGAACUUGAGAUUCAAAAGAAAAAGCUGGAUAAACUAAAAACAGAAGUCAAUGAAAUGGAGAAUAAUCUAACACGAAGGCGGCUGAAAAGAUCAAAUUCUGCUUCCCAAAUUCCUUCACUUGAAGAAAUGCAACAGUUAAGAAGUUGUAACAGACAGCUUCAAAUAGACAUAGAUUGCCUUACCAAAGAGAUUGAUCUUUUUCAAGCAAGAGGACCACAUUUUAAUCCCAGUGCCAUCCAUAAUUUUUAUGACAAUAUUGGAUUUCUAGGUCCUGUGCCACCAAAACCCAAAGCUGAUCAAAGAUCCGUGGUCAAAACACCAAAGACUGUUCCUGAUACUGAAGAAGAUGAGGGAGCUCAAUGGAAUUGUACAGCUUGUACUUUUUUAAAUCACCCAGCCUUAAAUCGUUGUGAACAGUGUGAGAUGCCUAGGCAUUUCUGAGCCAGGGAGGCUCACUUAUCUUCUGUAAAUCCAACUUCUGACUAUUGUGUCAUUUCCUUGGGAUAAAUAAUCAUUUAUGCAUAGGAUUUUGUAAAAUUGAACAUGUGACAGGAUUUAUUAGUAAUGUUAAAUGUCAUGAUACAGAGAUAAUACCUCAGUCUUGUGCUGCAGGCAGCUGGAAAUUCAUCGGCUGGAAGGUUAUCUCCUGAAAGACUUGGUUGCCAGCUGCCUGAUAUGUACAGUAUUACCAGAUACCCAUAAGAAUAACUCUCACCAGGUUCAAUGCUUUGGUGUUCCCAAUCGCCUUUCUCCACAGAUGUCACUACUGAAUUUUGACAGGGGAAGGAAUUAGAUUGAUAGCUUUUUUGUUUUUGUAAAGCUUUCAGUAAAACACUACAUUCACAGAGGAAAUGAAAAGGAACAAAUUGAAACUGUAUUUGCUGCCACAGAGGGCCCAGGAAUUAUAGAAGAACUUCAGAAAUGUAGAGGUACUCUUCAUCUUGUCUUCCGGAAAGCAGUUCCACUCUGUGAAGACAAAAAUCAGUACAAUCAUCUGAAGAUGAAAAAGAAAACUGCAUGCUUUGUCUGUACAAUAUUCACCGUGAAAUAUCCCCAAGGCUUUUCCUACUGUACAUAGUUCUAGAAUCUGCUUUAAAUGACUUUUCUUCACCUUUUAUUAUUUCUUGUAUUUCUUAAUGUAUAGUGUAAUAGUCUUUGUUAACUUUCUUUCUCCCUUUAAGUGAUUAUGCACGAUUGUGAUCCCUUUGCGUUUAAAGUUUUUGAUCUGAGAGAAGCAGUGCCUUAAAAGAGCGCUAAUGACAAUGCACAAACUAGCUCUUGUCUGCCUCUUCUGUAUGUUGCUCUUGUAAAUGCUGGUAAUCUGUGAAGACCUGCAGAUGCAGCAGGGUGAAAAUGCAGGAAAAGUUGGAGUUCACGCUUCUAGUUCACUCGGGACACUGAUUUUUACGGUGGGUGACACCUGGUAAUAUAUUGCCCGACAAAAACAGAGGAGAGAAUUAGUCCCACCCCCCAGCAUAUCAGCAUCUGAUAGGCUUUGCUGGGUACCUUUCAGACUCUUCAGAAAUAAAAAUCCUGGGGGGGGGGGGAAGGUGCAUAAUGAGUACACCGAAUAGCAGCAAUAGCAGAAAACAUCAACAAGUUCAUUGUUGGCAGCCAGUUCUUAAACCUGAUUUGGUGGAGAAUAGCAAUAAUUAGAAUAAUUUGAAAGAGAGCCUGGAAAAGAGAAAGCAAGCAGACUUGAAGCAAUACCAAGCAUCUCUUUUUUUCAUGGACAUCUUUGUUUCUGAGGAAAUCUGUUCAGGGGAUUAGGAAAACAUUUAAUUGAAACCAAGAUCAUGGUUUUAUUUUUUAUUUUAAUUUUGCUCUCUUGCAUACUACAUAAAUGAUAUGUCAUCUCUUGGGAUGAGGUGGGAAGAAGUGAUAAACAGAAAAAUUGUAUACGUAUCUGUUCAGAAUUAAGCGCCAUUGAGUUCAGUGAGACUUACUCCAAGGUAAGUGGAUAUACGAUUGCAGCCUAAAUGUAGCAAGAGACAAAGUAGACUGUCACCCACUGUAAAUAUUUGCCAGUGGACAUCUUUAACAGGAAUUUUACAAAUGAUCUAUGUGAAUAUACAGACGCCUUUGUUUUAAAGGCUUUGCAUUUUUUUAAACAUGGGAAUUAAAUUAGUAUCCUAAGUAAUAAGUCAGUAAAUCCAAAGUACUUGCAUUGAAUGCAUUAUGUUUAUUAAAAAAAAGAAGCUUUGUUUUUCAGCUUCAUCUGCAGUUCUAUGUGAAGAUUGACAAAUGAAUUUUUACCUGUUUUAUUAAUAAAACCUAAUUUGGAUAUCUUGA